CAUUUUUACAGAGUCACUGCAUUUGUGCAUGUACUCUAACCAGCUCUGCAGCACCCACAACUCUCAUCGCGGCUUGAAACACACGACGGCCGGGUUUCUCAUACGAUUCUAAGUCCUUUCCUGUCCUUCUAUUUCGCAUCUCCAUCUAUAUCUAUCCACAAUGGCUCCCAACGAUUCUGGAUACACCACGCCUGAAUCUGAACUGGAGGGUGUUCUGCCUGUUCACCCUACCGCUGCGCGUCGCCCUCACGCCAUCGUCGUGCAGUCCGAAAAUACGUCAUUCACCGACGAGUAUAUCACUGCGAAAUUUAACAACCGUAACGCCAAUAUCACCGUUGCUAAUGGACAGUAUAUCGUAAACCCGACCGUCGAGUUGUUCGAGUUCCAGACCAAGCGCCAAGUUUCCAAGACUGGUCUAAUGAUGAUCGGUCUCGCGGGGAACAAUGGUACCACUCUCUGUGCGACCAUUCUUGCCAACCGUCACAACAUCAUCUGGCAUACCAAGUCGGGCGUCCAACAGCCCAACUACAUUGGUUCCCUUCUCCGUGCUUCCACCGUUCGCAUCGGCACCGAGACCGCCACUGGCAAGGACAUCCACGUCCCAGUGUCCGAUGUGUUGCCCAUGGUGCAUCCAAAUGACAUCGUUCUCGGUGGUUGGGACAUCUCUAGCUUAUCUUUGGAUAAGGCGAUGGAACGCGCUCGUGUUCUCGACUACGACCUCCAGCGCCAGGUUGCUCCCCAUAUGGCUCGAAUGAAGCCCUUACCAUCCAUCUACUAUCCUGAUUUCAUCGCUGCGAACCAAGAGACCCGCGCGGACAACCUCAUCCCGGGCUCCGACAAGCAAGCUCAUCUCGAGCAUAUCCGAGCUGACAUUCGCAAGUUCAAGAAAGACAACAACCUUGACCGCGUCGUCGUCUUCUGGACUGCCAACACCGAACGCUACAGCGACCUCAUUCCCGGAGUCAACGACACCGCCGACAAUAUCCUGAACGCCAUCAAGACCUCCCACUCGGAGGUUUCCCCGUCUUCCCUUUUCGCCGUAGCUGCGAUCCUCGAAGGCGAACCGUUCGUCAACGGCGCUCCCCAGAAUACCUUCGUUCCGGGUAUCAUCGAGCUCGCCGAACGUGAGAAGUCGUUCAUCGGUGGUGACGACCUCAAGUCGGGCCAGACCAAGCUCAAGUCCGUCUUGGCCGAGUUCCUCGUCAACGCUGGUAUCAAGCCGUUGUCCAUCGCGUCGUACAACCAUCUCGGUAACAACGAUGGCCACAACCUUUCUGCGGAGAGGCAGUUCAGGAGCAAGGAGAUCAGCAAGAGUAGCGUCGUGGACGACAUGGUCAACGCGAACAGGCUGUUGUUCAAGGCUCCCGAGCCUGGUUCCGAGGGCAAAGGCGAGCACCCCGACCAUGUCGUGGUUAUCAAGUAUGUUCCUGCUGUUGGUGACUCAAAGAGGGCCAUCGACGAGUACUACUCUGAGAUCUUCUGUGGUGGUCGGUCGACUAUCAAUAUCUUCAAUGAAUGCGAGGAUUCUCUCCUUGCGACGCCUUUGAUCCUCGACUUGACUAUCCUAACGGAGCUCCUCACUCGCAUCAAGUACCGCAAGGCCGAGACUGGCGAGUUCCAGCCUCUCUACAGCGUUCUCUCCUUGCUCUCGUACAUGCUCAAGGCGCCGCUCGUCAAGCCCGGCACCGAGGUCGUCAACAGUCUCAACAGGCAGCGCAACGCGCUUGAUUCGUUCCUUAAGGCCUGCAUUGGCUUGGAGGGCGGCAACGACCUGUUGUUGGAGACCAGGAUUUGGUAGACCCGUAGGUCUUUCCCCAAGGGUUCAACAUCCGUAGAUUAGCUUUCUUUUUAUCGUGUCGAGCGUCCAUUCAACUGGCGUCAACAAAGAAGGGUUGACCAAAAUGGUCCCCCAUUUCUGUGGCUACAUACCAUACUGACAAUGAAUAAAUGACGUAUCGAUUGCUUUACAUUUGAUCUCGCAAUGUAUUGUGACUGUUGUUCGGUAUUUGUUUUGCAUAUUGUUCAACAUGUCUUUUCAGAGUCCGGUGCAACGUCGAUGUUCUAAUACGAUUAGCUGAUAUGAAUGCCGAGAGGGCUCGCGAAGACCACAGCGACAGGUCAUAACCAGCGUGAACAGGC